AUGGCCGUCCUGACGCUGAACGUCUUGACGCGGGCCAGUACUGGGUAUCAGUACCAGAAGAUGGAGUUGGAGAACCCUCCGACUAAUCCGUCCGAGUUGACCUCGCUUCCAGUCAUGAGCUGGAAGCGCUUCGCAAAGGAUCUACGCGAAGCAGCUGAUCGAGUUCCUCUCAGCUCCUUCCGACAAAGCACGUCGGAAGUUGGCCCCUCGUCUACGAGCGAGUACACACCGGUAUCCGCGGUAGACGACAAUACGGAACGCAUUGUCGUGCCGAAUGAUCCUAACCUGCGCGACAGGAGCAUGUACGAGUAUCACGAUGUCCCCACGGCGGGACACCCAUGA